AUUUCUUAUAUAUAUUUCAGAACUUAUACAAUAAUCAUGGUUGUACUCUCAAAAUAUAUUGACUUUGCGGUUAAAAAGUACGAUGGGAGUGGGUUUUCAAAAACCGCCAUUAGCAAUGCUAUACUCGGUGCAGCAAUUUGCGCCUACACAUGUAAAGUCACAUAUCUGUUAAUUGGAAAACAUUUUAUCAAUAAAGAUGAGCAACAUCGGGCAACGUUGCUUACAAAUAUCGAAGAUGAAGACCUGUUAGUUACACCAAUGGAUGAUGAAGACUCGAAAUUAGCCGAAGCUGAAAAAUUGGUACUUGCCAAGCAAUUGAAAAAGAAUAAUAAUACACAAUUGGAGCCAGGCCUGAAUAAAGAAUUCAUACAACAAUUAAGUAAACUUGUGAAGAUUAUGAUACCAAAAUGUGUAUGUUAUGAGACUGGCCUACUGAUUGUUCACACUUUGUGUUUAAUAUCGAGAACAUUCUUAUCAAUUUAUGUAGCUGCUUUGGAAGGCGCUAUAGUCAAAUUUAUAGUGCGAAAGGACGUUAAACAAUUCGCUAUAGUGCUCUUGAAAUGGUUUGGAAUUGCGAUACCCGCUACGUUUAUAAAUUCCAUGAUAAGAUUUCUGGAAAGCAAGCUUUCAUUAGCCUUCAGAACUCGAUUGGUCCGACAUUCAUAUCGUUUGUACUUCAAAAAUCAAAAUUAUUAUCGGGUGUCAAAUUUGGAUGGCCGAAUAGAAAAUGCUGAUCAUAGAUUAACGGAGGACAUCGCAGUAUUUGCCAGUUCAGUAGCGCAUUUAUAUAGUAGUGUGACCAAGCCUUGCUUCGAUUUGAUGCUUAUUGGUAUUGCUUUAAUGCGGUCCACACAAAAAAUGAAAGCCAACAUUUUUUCAGGCCCAACACUAGCUGUUGCCGUGAUAUCCUUAACAGCGCAUAUAAUGCGAGUGGUUUCCCCAAAAUUCGGUCAGCUCGUUGCGGAGGAAGCCAAUCGCUAUGGCUAUUUACGGCAUAUACAUUCUCGAAUUAUUACGAAUUCUGAAGAAAUUGCAUUUUACGGAGGUCACAAGGUAGAACUGCAACAACUGCGGCAAGCUUACAACCGUCUUAUUAAUCAAAUGAACAACAUAUUCACCCAGAAGCUCUGGUUCGUUAUGCUUGAACAAUUUUUUAUGAAAUAUGUGUGGUCUGGGACGGGUAUGGUUAUGGUUUCUUUGCCAAUUUUAACAUCAGGUGGAACUAUACCAGCAAUCGACACGAAUAACUCAAGCGUAAAAGAAGUUUUGGAUUCAAAUGUCAGUGAGCGUACUCAAUAUCUUACUACAGCACGGAAUUUACUUAUUUCCGCUGCUGAUGCCAUUGAGCGGCUGAUGUCAUCGUAUAAAGAAAUUGUUGCACUGGCUGGAUAUACUUAUCGUGUUGCUGGAAUGAUGGAUGUUUUUGAAGAGACCGCGCAAGGUAUUUAUUAUAAAAACACCGUCGUCGAAAACAAUGAAAUGAGCGGUAUCAUUGAGUUCAAGGAUGGGAAGCCGAUUGCCAAGGGUCGUAUCAUAUACACCGAUACCCCAAAUGAUAUGACAAUUACAUUGCGUGCUGUACCUGUGGUAACACCCAAUUGUGAUAUCGUCGUACCAAGUCUAACUCUGUGCAUUGAGCAAGGCAUGCAUCUGCUAAUUACUGGACCCAAUGGCUGUGGUAAAUCAAGCCUAUUCCGUAUUUUGAGCGGGCUUUGGCCUAUUUAUUCUGGUGAACUGCAUAUACCACGUCCUGUUGAAGAUAAACCUUGCAUGUUUUAUAUCCCACAACGUCCAUACAUGUCAACAGGCAGUCUUUGUGAUCAGAUUAUUUAUCCCGAUAGUCGUGAAGAUAUGAUACGAAAAGGUGUUACAGAGAAUGAGCUGCGAGUCAUUUUGAAGAUGGUAUGUUUGGAACAUAUAGCCCAACGUGAUAGCUUUCAUGUUGUCCGUGAUUGGAAAGAUAUACUAUCCGGUGGAGAAAAACAGCGCAUGGCCAUAGCACGUCUUUUUUAUCACAGACCAAGAUAUGCUUUACUCGACGAAUGCACGAGCGCAGUUUCGAUUGAUGUAGAAAGUACAAUAUAUGAAAUUGCAAAGAAUAUGGAUAUAACGUUGUUGACUAUAACGCAUCGGCCAACUCUUUGGAAAUUCCAUACGCAUAUUCUAGAGUUCGAUGGCCAAGGUGGUUGGAGUUUUCGUAAAAUGGGACCAAAUGAGCAACAAAAAUCCUAGUUCCUUUAGUUUGAAAAAAAAGAACAUGUGAAUAUUCCGACAAACAAACAUUUCAAUUGUAAUUAUUUUUAUCUGUUUGCGAAACACUAUUGUGCUUUUUCUUUUUAAUAAACUUUAGACACAUCACAA